GGCUCGCAGGUGGUUUGUGCGAUGACGAAGGUUCAUUGGCUUUACUCUAAACAGAUCAAUUUAAUAAAUAAUUCUUUUGUAAUUCAUAAUACAGUUUUUCAAGUGUAGGACCUUAAUUCAGUUUCAUGUAGAAGGAAGCAAGAAAGAGAAGCAAAAACACAGUAGAAUGAAUGGUACCGAAUGCCCUGGAUCAGAUCGAUCAAUAUCCUUUAUAAUUCUAGCUGUUUUAAGUUCUUUAUCCGGAUUGGUAGCCGUUACCGGCAAUGUCUUGGUUUUACUCGCCAUAUACACCACAAGAAGUCUUCGGACAACUUCCAACUUGUUUAUUGCAUCAUUGGCUGCAUCAGACUUCUUGGUUGGAUCGGUCAUGGACCCUAUUUUGGCUGUCAGAAGUAUUAAGUACAGCUACUUUGGAGUAAGCUUUAAUGACAAAAAUCCAUUCAAAAAAGGAGUUGAUUUCUUAUGGAUUCAAGCAGUCAUAGCAACGACGUUUGGCCUUCUGGCUGUUAGUGUUGACCGAUAUGUUGCCAUCACAAAAGUUUUUCUCUACGAUUCAAUGUUUACUUCACAUCGUUCGGGGUAUCUUAUUACUUUCAUUUGGAUCUUUUCAUUUGUUUUUGCUUCUUUGAGACUUUUUCUCCCGGAUAGUAAAUUAGCCCUUCUUUGGGUGGCCACUGCGAUAUUAUCAUGCGGAAUCCCUUUUACUGUAACUGCGUAUUGUUACUUGGCUAUUUUUAAAGCUGCGAGGAAGCAGUUGAGGAGAAUCGUGAACGAAACUACAGCUAAGGAAACAAGACGGCUUGAAGAGGCACGUCAUCGAAAGACAGCUUGGACCAUUGGGAUUGUCAUAGCGCUUUUCUUUUUUCUUUGGUUUCCAAGUUUGGUGAUAGCGUCGAUCAACUUAACGCUAGAACAAGGUUGCAAAAAGGAAAAUUUUUCUCGAACAGUAUGGAUUUGGGUAGAGUGGGUUGCUUAUAUGAGUUCUGCGGUUAACCCAUGGGUGUAUUCAAUGAGAAGUGCGGAAUUUCGAAUUGCCUGUAAACAAAGUCUAGGGCUUCAAAAAACGAGAAUUAUUCCUGAAGAAAUGAUUUCAAGAUCGAGGGCUCGACCAAGUGUCAUUGACAUGGGAACUUCCAACCCCAGUCCUGGUAAUAUUAAAGACUCACAGAUUCGGAUCAGUCCAUGUAAUGACCCGGUUAAUAAACAAUCAAAAUUUAAGGAUUGCAAUUUUCUUUUGCCUCCAGUAGCUUAAACAGAAAAAAAGGAAGGAAAAUUAAAACAAAAAGAAAUUUAAAGAAAUGUAGAGAGGGUAGAAAGAGGAGAAAGAUGACGAGGAAAAAUUGGAAAAAAAUAGAAAAAAAAAAAAAAGAAAAAAGAUGUGCCAAGAUAAUAUGAAAUUUAGAUUAAGCUUAUAGAAAUUUUCGUUCUGCGUAAAAGUGUGAGUUAUAAAUGUUUAUCCAAAUGAAAUAAAUUUUGACACCAUUUUCACUGGCUUAAAAUUCAUUUAGUUCAUCCAGUGCUGUAUAGCAAUAGACCAGAUUGCCUUUAUUACUCGACAAAAUUGGACAUUUACCUCUUAAAGAACUUAAAAGAGUCAAAAUAAACACGAUUUUAUUGGCUGGUGUAAAUUAAUAACACGGUGUAUAUUGGAUCAUUUUUGCCUCCAAUGACUUCGACCGAUAGAAAAGACUGUGAGAUAGAARAAAAAAUAUUGAUGAUAAAAUUGAAAAGUUUCAAUAAAAAAUGAAAAAAAAGGUUCAAAUUUACAUGUUUUGACUUUCAUAAUUAGGGUUGGUACUAGCCUUCUGAGGAUCUCUAGUAACUGAGAAAGUAUUUUGAUUUUAGAAAGCGUUUAAUUAAGGCUGUCUUUGUCACGAGAAUUGUAUUGAAUACAAGAAAAGAAAGAAGUAAUGAAAAAGGGAAAUUUGAAAAGAAUUAAUAGGAUUACCCAUGUUUCAA